AGGAUAGUUGACUUAUUAAGGUAAGACCACGACCUCUAAAAUAUCCUAUCCUAGUCCAUUUAUGCGUCUCUUCCCUCACAAUUCACGAACCCAGUGAGGAAUCUUCAAUUGGGUUCGAAUCUCCGAAUUGCUUUCGGAGAUCUCGCUCAUCAGGGGGGAUAUGGCUGCCACGGUGAAACAAAUGGCGUUGAUCGUGUCUCUGUUGGGCCUCGUGUCUUUCAUUUUGGGGGUUGUUGCUGAAAACAAGAAGCCUGCGGCUGGAACACCUGUGCCUGGUGUGGAUGGUAUCUCUGUCACCUGCAAGUAUCCAGCUGAUCCAACUGUUGCACUGGGGUAUCUUUCUACAGCAUUUCUUGUUGCAUCCACUGUGGUUGGGUAUCUGGCUUUGUUUUACCCUUACAAAGGAAAAUCUAUUCCACAAGGAGUUCUGUUUAAACACACCACUUUCACAGUUUUCUUCAACAUUGCUUUGUUCACCACUGGAUUAGCUGCAACAUUGUUGUUAUGGCCAACGAUCACCGAACAGCUUCACCUGACGCGCAAUGUGCACCGUGAUAUGAGCUAUGAAUGCCCUACAGCUAAAACUGGUCUCCUUGGAGGUGGUGCCUUUUUGUCCCUUGAUUCAUCUCUACUUUGGUUGAUUACCCUUAUGUUAGCUGGCAAUGCGCGAGAGGAUUUCUUUGAAGAAGAAGAAGAAGAUGGUGAUAAGGGCGAAUUUGGUGCAGUGUCCUCCAAUGCUUAUUAUGAUGAUGAUGGAGUAAAGGGUAGUGCCUGAACUGAAGCAUGCUCCUAAAAAAGGUAGAAAAAUAAAUGUUGCACUGGUACUCCUGUAGUUUUCUUUUAAUCAUGCUGAACAAUUUCGUGAAUCAUGAUUGUAUAUAUUUUAAAUGGUUGUUCUCGGUGAACAUUUAUUAAGCUCAAGCACAGUACUGCAGAAACACAUAGUUGUUUAUAAAUGUUUCAUUUUUUUUUUCCCGUGAAUUCGACAGAAAUUUAUCUCA